AUGUCCACCUGGGACAAUGCGAUCCGGCACACGCGCGCGCUCGAGAGUGCGCUCGACACGAAGCUGUCCAACUAUUCCCGAAUCGGCGCCGACAUUGCGGGCGGAGGGGGCGUGUCGGGGGUAGAGGCGGCCGAGGAGGGUGUGGGCGGGUACAGACUGGUGGAGGAGGAGGUGGAGGAGUUGCUUGACAAGGCGCUCUCCGACCUGUCCUCGCACUGCAACGGCCCCACCCCGCCAUCAACGAGCAUGCAGAACGCGCUGUCGCGCCAUCGCUCAAAUCUCGACGACUACCGGCGCGACUAUACCCGGAUCAAGCGCAACAUCGAGUCGGCGCUCGCGAAAUCCGAUCUGCUGGGCAGUGUCCGCCGAGACAUUGACAGCUGCAAGGCCGCGCGCGCGAGCCAGACGGAAGCCCUGCUGGCCGACCGGGACCACAUUGAUGCGAGCCACCGCAUGAUUGACGAGAUCACGGCAACGGCGCAGGCGACGCGCCAGGCCUUCUUCGAGGACAGCGCUACGAUUCGCAACAUCAAUGCGCGCAUGGGGAGAGUCGCGAAUCAGAUCCCGGGCAUCAACAAGCUCAUCGCUGCUAUUGGCACGCGGAGGAGGAGGGAUCAGUACAUCAUCGCCGGCGUUGCGGCCGCGUGUAUCCUCUUCCUGCUCUGGUACAUGUUUGGAUAG